CAAAACAGAGUAGACAUAUCUCUUUCACUCCCUUUAUGACCGCGACCUAUUGUCCCGUGAACGAUCAUGUCGCGGAUAGAAGAACUUCCAGAUGAUUUCGAUGAACGAAUCGAUCUCAAUCAUGCGCCGAAAGAUGUACCCUCAAUCGAGGAGUUGUACGACCAGCACAUCUCAGCUUCUGGCCCCUCGCAAAACCAGAUGUCCUCCAAAAGCUUCGAGGAGAUUGUGCAGGACAUGAGCAAAACCCCGCUCUUCAUGAACAGUCUUGACGAAGCGACUAACGACGGUACGCCCAAACCUACGGCUGCUCAGACAGUUGGCUGAGCAAUGGUGCGCAGAUGGGGAGAAUAUAAUGCUCGAGGCCAUCAAAGCCCUGCAGCACGAGGGCACGAAGGCGGAAGUGGCGCAGGGAUUCAAAGAGCGUGGCAACGAAAUGGUCGCAGAGAAGAAAUGGAAAGACGCAAAAGAGUUUUACACCAAAGGGAUCACAGUCCUCGCAGACCAGGACGAGGAUAAAUGGGACAAGGCUGAGGAUCAGACUGCAGAGGAGGAGCUCCGCGUCCUACUUAACGAACAGCUACACCUCAACCGAGCUCGCUGCAACCUAGAGCUGAAAAACUACCGGUCGACCAUUCUAGACAGUGCUGCUGCACUACGUAUCAACCCUUCAAACAUCAAAGCGCAUUACAGGUCGGCCUCAGCCCUGUUCGCCCUGGACAAAGUUCUCGAGGCGUUGGAUGUGGCAUCCCGCGGGUUCAAGCUCGAUCCGAACAAUACAGCUUUGAAGAAAUUGCUGGACCAAAUCAGAGGCAGAAUGAAAGUUAAAGAGGCAGAAGACCGCCGGCGCUUGGCCGAGCUGAGGAGGAGACAGCAGGAGAAGGAAGCGUUAGAGGCGGCCCUGAAAGAGCGAAAGAUUAUCGUCCGUGGUUCUAAACAGCCUCCAAACUUGGAAGACGCGACUAUUCGAUUAUCGCCAGAUCCUCUAUCGCCCACUAGUCUGUUGGAAUUCCCGGUGAUGUUACUCUAUCCGAUGCAUAACCAGACAGAUCUGAUCAAGGCCUGGGCCGAGAAAGAUGCCAUCACCCAUCACCUGAGCUACAUUUUACCCUUGCCGUGGGACAAUAAGAAUGAAUACAAACUGUCAACGGUAGAGUGCUAUAUGGAUACCAUUGCUGGCGGGCUGAUGAAGGUUGGCAAGAAGUUGACCUUGCUGGAGGCGCUUGCCAACGGGAAGACGGAAGUGGUGGAUGGGCUGGUUAGGAUUUAUGUGGUGCCUAUGUCAUUGGCACCUCAAUGGAUAGAAGAGGUGAAGAAGAAAAGGGGCAAAUAGAGAGCAUUGUCCCAUCAAAUUUGGCUGCUCAAGGUAGCUGCAUUUCUCCCACCGCCCCGGAAUAGCCUACCACGGGCAUCAUGUGCAAGGCUACCUGGCAGAGCAUCGCAGCCCAUGUGGCUACUACGAUUACGGAGGGCAUGUUCCC